AUGUUCUCCACGAAGCGCGGCGCGCUGCUGCUGCACACGUUCCACACCUCUGGUGAAGUCAUUUCUUACAAGAGAGGCAACUAUCACCUCGUGCCCAAGAAGUUCACCGUAGGCAAACGCAUCGCCGUGCGUUCGUACCUUGACCGCAACCGCACGGAGUUGUCGGACCGCACGUUCAUGCCGCAGAAGAACUGGUUCCGCCCGUACGACCUGCAGGAGGAUCGCUUUGGCCGCGAUCACGAGCGGCUGAGCUAUCGCUUUUAUAACCUCGAGACCAAAGUGAUUUGGAAGGCCUUCGACACACCCGAACUGAUUGGCAUGCUGCUGCAUGAUGAGACGGUGAAGGGUAACACUGACAUGUAUGCGCCUGAUAUGCUUGACGCGGCACUGCACUACACUCGUGAGUCUCGCUACUGGCGCUGCAUCGGUAUCACGAAGCCGUUCUACGACCGCAACACAUUGCGGGCGCAUUGCUGGGAGGACAACGGGCUGCAGGUAGGGACGCUCGUCAUGUCACAGGCCAUGCGGCACGCGCUGAUGGACCUGGAGCGUGCCGUGCGCCGCAAGGAGCUGGGCUUGGAGCCGAACUACCUGUGGGACCGUUGGGGCCCGAUAGGCUUCAUCGAUGGUGCCCGCACCGACUACCUGCCCAGGUUCGAGCACAAUCCUUACGUCGACCCCGACGGCGUCGAUGUAACGGAGCUCGACGUACUGCCGUUCAACACGCACGAGCAGAUCAAGGAGCGCUACAGAGACUUCAUCGAGCCCGACACGGCGCCGUUCGAGGAGGUCUUUGGCAGCCCGAGCCACGGGUCCCUUACUACGCUGGCCGACAUCCCAAGCGCAAGCGUAGCAACUCUGUACAAAGACCUGAAGAGGAAGGCCGGGACUCCAGUCGCCGGCGACGCCGUGGUGUUGGCCCCCGCCGAUGUUCGCACGCUUUUCCACCUUUGUGCCAACCCAGAGCUGAGGGCCAUGGCGGACGGCAAGGCUUCCUGGGAUGAGGUCGUCGACGCCAUGCAGCCGGUGCAGGUGGCGCUGGAUGAGAGGAUCGACGCUGCCAGGCUACUGCAGAACACGCGCCACAGCGCGGAGCGGGUGCGCGCAUUCUUUGAGGAGAAGUGUGGCUUUCACGACUUCAUGUACACCCCCGACAAGACCAUCACGGCGGCGGUGCUGUGCUACUUGACAGAGCUGCGCCGCAUCUGCACCGAAACGGCGUGGGGUGCUGAUUUAGCCAAGUGCCUGACGGAUGUGGAGCGCGUGCAGGUGAUGGGUCGCGAUGCCUUUAUCGUGUACCGGCACAUCGAGGAUGCUAUCCUCGAGAAAAAACGGCGGUUGUGGGCCGGUCGGUUUGCUGGCGAGUCGCAUGAAGAGUCCACCCUGGACUACCUGCUUGAGAACUUUGGCCGCCGUGCCGAUCGUCCGCGGAACGUUGGCACAACCGGUGUAGAGUUUGACCGGGAGCAGGAGCCGAUUGGCCGCCAGGUGCAGCGGCGUGUACUGGACUCCGACAAAGCGAACAAGUUAGCUGAGAUGCGCCGUAGUCGAGGUAAGAUGUGGUCGAAGAAGCACAGCGUCUUUGAUGCGCUGCAUGAGAAGCAACUCCAGAACUUCAACUACGGUGUGCAUUAA